UUUCUAAUACACAUAGCUACUUGUUCAUCCUCACCUCUAAACUUGUUCCUUUCUGUUGCCAUUUUAUUUCCAUUCCACAGCAACGUCAAAGUUCAAACAGAAAACUAAGAUACUCCCUGACUACUAGCUUUACUUGUGAAGAUACAAAUCUCUACCUGGUCAGGUCGCCAGGCAUGUUCUUUGAUGGAUUCCUCUGCAACGGAAGAUAUCCUAGCUUAGGAUCCGAGGAGUUGAUUGAUACGAAGAGAUCAUCAUCAGAGAAGGGGGAUCGGGAGAUUGAACUCCAGCGAUAAACAUGGCUCAUCAAGCUGAGUCUAAGUGGUGCAUCAUGUUUAUGCGUGUCUUCAUAGUGAUGACGAUGAGCUUUGUGGCGUCCCAUGGGGAAGUAGAGGAAGAGCUUCUGUUAUCGUUCAAGGCUGCCAUUAACGAUCCAUUUCACUAUCUCUCAAACUGGGUCGACUCCUCUUCCACUAGUAUCUGCAACUGGUACGGUAUCACCUGCGACAGUGACUCCCACGUUGGCGCCAUCAACCUCUCCGCCAAAAACAUCUCCUCCAAUAAUAUUUCCUCCUUCUCCUCCAUAUUUCAACUUCCACACGUUGAACACAUCGACCUCUCCGAUAAUCAGCUAUCUGGGGGAAUCUCUUUCUCUCCCUCUUCGCUUGUCUACCUAAAUCUUAGCAACAACAAUUUCACGGGUCCUGUCCCAUUGUCGUUUUCCCGCAUCCAAACUCUGGAUCUCUCGAACAACAUGUUUUCCGGGGAAAUAUCUCAUCAAAUUGGAUCGCUUGCGAGUCUGAGGUAUGUUGAUCUGGGAGGGAACCUUUUGGUGGGAAAGAUUCCAGAUUCUAUCACCAACAUGACAGGUUUAGAGUACUUGACCUUGGCUUCCAACCACCUCGUGGGUUUAAUCCCUCCAAAAAUAGGCUUUAUGAAGAGCUUGAAGUGGAUUUAUUUCGGUUACAACAAUCUCUCGGGUGGGAUUCCAGAGGGAAUUGGAGAACUGAAGAAUUUAAAUCAUCUUGAUCUUGUAUACAACAACCUCACGGGACGGAUUCCCGAUUCUCUUGGAAACCUCACUGAUCUUGAGUAUCUUUUUCUCUACCAAAACAAGCUGACGGGUCGGAUUCCCUUGUCCAUUUUUGAGCUUAAAAAGCUUAUUUCGCUGGAUCUCAGUGAUAAUUUUCUGUCUGGUGAGAUUCCCGAGCUCGUAAUUCAGCUUCAGAGAUUAGAAAUUCUUCACCUUUUCUCCAACAACUUGAUCGGCAAGAUUCCAAAGGCUAUAUCUUCUCUGCCUCGCCUCCAAGUCCUUCAGCUAUGGUCUAACGGAUUAACGGGUGAGAUUCCAGAAGAUUUGGGAAGGCAUAACAACCUCACUAUUCUGGACGUUUCCACGAACAAACUUUCUGGGAAAAUCCCAGAUAGUUUAUGCCGCUCGGGCGCUCUUUACAAGCUUAUCCUUUUCUCCAACUCCCUUCAAGGGGAAAUACCAAGUAGCUUAACCUCUUGCACAAGCUUACGCCGAGUUCGUCUUCAGAACAACAAAUUCUCAGGUGAAUUGCCGUCCCAACUAACUCAACUAUCACAGGUAUAUUUAUUGGACAUCUCCGGUAACCAACUCUCCGGCAGGAUUGAUAAUAGGCACUGGAAUAUGCCAUCGCUUCAAAUGUUGAAUUUGGGUGACAACAAUUUCUCUGGUGAGUUGCCGACCACUUUUGGUAGCAGAAAAUUGGAGAAACUGGACUUAUCUGAAAAUAGAUUUUCUGGUUAUAUUCCACGUGGGUUUGGAAGCUUAUCGGAGCUGAUGCAACUGAAGCUGAGUUAUAACGAGCUAUAUGGUGAAAUCCCAGGAGAGCUCACUCUCUGUAGGAAGCUAGUGCUUUUAGAUGUCAGCCACAAUCAGCUCACUGGUCAAAUUCCGAUGAGUCUGGGCCAGAUGCCGGUUCUGAGCUUACUGGAUUUGUCGGAUAACCAAUUGUGGGGUGAAAUUCCAGAUAAUUUAGGCAGAGUGGAAUCUCUGGUGCAGGUAAACAUAUCCCACAACCACUUUCACGGACAUUUACCGGCCACCGGAGCUUUCCUUGCCAUAAAUGCAAGCGCAGUCACUGGUAACGACCUAUGUGGUGGUUCCAGUGGUGCUUCAAGCGGGUUACCACCGUGCAGAAAAAGAGACAAGAAUCCAUGGUUUGUCGCGCUGUUGCUUGUGGUGGGAUUUUCGGGGUUUGCAUUAGCAGCUUUUAUCGUUACAUGCUCACGAAGAAGAAAGAGUUUGGAGCUGAGGAGAGUGGAAAGCGAAGAUGGUACCUGGGAGAUUCAAUUUUUCGAUUGCAAGUUCGCCGAAGUGAUCACCAUGGACGAUGUUUUAUCGUCAGCGCAAGCAGGGAACGUGAUCUCCAAAGGGAAGAACUGGGUUUCAUACGAAGGGAAGUGCAUGGCAAGUGGCAUGCAAUUCGAGGUGAAAGAAAUCAGAGACUUUAAUUCAGUUCCGUCGAGCUUCUGGGAAGACGUAGUGGAAUUGGGUAAGGUGCGGCAUCCAAACAUUUUGAAAUUGAUGGGAGUGUGUCAUUCGGGUAAAGGAGCAUUUUUGUUGUGCGAGCAUGCACAGGGAAACAGUUUAAGUGAAGUCGUGAGGCAUUUGGAUUGGGAAAGACGACGGAAAAUUGCCGUUGGGAUCGCAAAAGCACUCAAGUUUCUGCACGCUCGUUGCCCGGUUAUCUUGGUUGGUGACAUGUCACCGGAAAGCGUUUUAGUGGACGGCAAUGACAUUCCUCGUUUGAAGUUGAACCCUCCGGCAUUGCUGAAGGGUUUCAUUUCCUCCGCUUACGUUGCCCCAGAAGCAAGGGAAGGGAAGGAAGUGACAGAGAAGAGCGACAUGUAUGGAUUCGGUGCCAUGUUGAUGGAAAUGGUGACGGGAAGAAGUGCCGGGGAGGGAGGAGAGGGGAUGGUGGAAUGGGCCCGGUUCUGCUAUUCGGAAUGUCAAUGCGAAACGUGGGUCGGCCCGAGAAUGAAGGGAGGGAUGCAAAACGACGUCGUGGAGAUCAUGAACCUUGCUCAGCACUGCACCGCCAUGGAUCCGAUAGCGAGGCCAUGCGCAAGCGACGUCGUCAGAGCCCUAUCAGCUGUUUCCUGCACAGGCGCUGUUCUCUCUGCUUUUGCACUAGUCUGAACCAUCCUUCUCCGUCUAUUUUUGAUUUAACCUCAUUUAAGGUGUUUCUUUCCUCUAGUCUGUCUUGUUUGAUUUGGGAUAUGUGUAUAUAUAUGCUUGACAUAUAUAUACACUGCUGCCGAGUGUGUGUGUAUUCACUAAAUGUAAAUGAAUGAAUGUCGUUAUUUAAGUUGGUUUCUUUGGAAUGAAAAAGAACUCUCACACAUGUAUUUUAAUAUAA